AAAAAAAAUUCUUUUUUUUUUUAAACAAACAAAAUGUCUUGCCAACUUCUCGCCGAUUGUCUUAACGAAAUAUUUGAGUAUUUGGAAGACGACAAAGUCACUUUACAUUCAUGCUUACUAGUCAAUCAUCUUUGGUGUGAAAUUUCUGUUAGAAUUUUAUGGAGGAAUGUUUGGAGAUUCAAGUCUACUUCUUCAUUUCAAUCGGAUCAAGUAUCAUCAAAAAUGUUUGAUAAUAUAAUCACCUGUCUUCCUGAUGAAUCAAAAGAAAUUUUACAUAAGAAUGGUAUAUUUGUCUCAAAGUCAACUUCAAGACCUUCAUUUUUUAAUUAUAUAUCAUUCUGUAAAGUUCUUUCAGUUAAUGAAAUUGAUCUCAUAAUUCAACACUUUCUCGAAAUUCAACGACUAGGAUUAACAAGAAGUUUACAUUAUUAUAAAUAUUUAAUUUUACACGAAAUAUUAAAAAUGUAUAUGAAACAAGUUCCUUCUUUAAAAGCAUUAAAAUAUUUAUCAACAAAAAAUAUUUCCAACAUUACUUUAACAUAUUUUCCUGAAUCUAUUGGUUGUUUGACGAAUCUCUCAGUAUUAAGUUGUGGAUCAGAUAUUCAUUCCGAAUUUUUUUAUCAAUUAUCCCAAAUAUGUUGUAAUAUUCGUUCAUUAACUGUAGAAUUUGAAGGAACAGUUUCAAAUGGGUUAAAAGAUCUGAUCUCUUCACAACAUAGAUUAGAAAGUUUAUCAUUAAUACAAUCUUAUAAUAGUACAGAUUGGAAAGAGCUUAUACCUUCAUUAAAAAAGCAUUCAAACACUUUAAUCAAAUUAAAGAUCAAUGGAGGAGAAAAUGAUGGACCAUUAUCAUUUAUUACUAGAUUCAAAAAUUUACAAGAACUUACUUUAUUUUUUGAUUACAAUGAUGCUUUUGAAGAUUUUAAAGAAUUAAAAUUUGUUAAAUUUUCAC